UGACAGGGUCUCGACAGUCGACAACACGGUCACCAACUGCUCCCGUCUAACGAUCAGGAUCCAGACGCCAAGGAAGAAGGGUGAGGUAGAGGUUGACACAGAAAUCAAUUUUCUCCUUUCUCGGUCUCGCGAGCAAGCCUCGCCAUGGAUAUCUGCACCAGUUGCUUCCAAGCCAGAUAUUAGAGCUGCCUACUACUUGCGUCGCGCGGAGAGCGGGUUGGGACCAGAAACAAGAGUAGAGCAAGACUCCUAUCUUUUUUCCACGCGCCAGUCUUCUCUGAACCGGUGAACCCAUUCCUCCUCCUCUUCCUACUCAACGCCACGAUCGAAGAGGAGACUCAGUCAAUCUCGCCUUGCUCUCCUCUUCGACCCAUCGUCGGUUCCUGGGAUCAGCAUCGACGAGCAGGAUUUUUCCGGCUGUGGAGGAGCACGAGCACGAGCAGGAGAAGGCGGCUAGAAGGUUCCUGCUCCCGGGCGUGACCUCUCACACGGCAUGGUCGUUGCUUCGCCGGGGAGGCGCAGCGGGGAUGGUCGAUAGGAGCAGGGCCGUGCUCAUCGGGGUCACCGCCGGCGUCGCGGCCGCGCUGGUCGCGGCGGCGGGCGUGCUUCUGGCCGUCUGGCUCUACCGCCGGCGGGCCAGCGUCGCCGCACGGACGCGCUCCCCGGAGUCGCCCUCGGCGACGCUGCGGGCCGGCGGCGCCGGUCGCGCCAGCCUCGACUCCAGCGUCUCCGUCUCGGUGGUCUCCGAGAGCGCCGCCGACUGGGGCCACCCGCCACCGCACAAACGCGCCGCGUUCUGGGCCUGGAGAGGCGGCGCCGGCCACAACGGCAGGGAGCCGCCACCGCUGUCCGUCUCCGGGAUCCCAAAAUACCAUUACAAGGAUCUGCAGAAGGCUACCAGCAACUUUACCACAAUUCUUGGGCAAGGAUCGUUCGGCCCUGUGUACAAAGCUGUAAUGGCCACUGGUGAAGUGGUAGCUGUAAAGGUGCUCGCGAGUGAUUCAAGGCAAGGGGAAAGAGAGUUCCAGACUGAGGUAGCAUUGCUUAGCAGGUUGCAUCAUAGGAAUCUUGUUAAUUUGGUUGGGUAUUGUGUAGAAAAAGGUCAGCGCAUUCUGAUUUAUGAGUACAUGAGCAAUGGGAGUUUGGCAAGACUUUUAUAUGGCGACAAUAAACGAAGUUUGAGCUGGCAAGAAAGGCUGCAAAUUGCUCACGAUGUUUCUCAUGGGAUUGAGUACCUGCAUGAAGGGGCUGUUCCUUCUGUUAUUCACAGGGACCUAAAGUCUGAUAAUAUACUUUUGGACCAUUCAAUGAGAGCCAAGGUUGCAGACUUUGGUCUAUCAAAGGAGGAAGUGUAUGAUGGAAGGAAGUCUGGCCUUAAGGGCACCUAUGGCUAUAUGGAUCCUGAUUACAUGUCCACAAAUAAGCUAACAAAGAAGAGCGACGUGUAUAGCUUUGGCAUAAUACUUUUUGAACUGAUAACUGCCAUAAAUCCACAACAAGGUCUGAUGGAGUACAUUAAUCUGGCAGCGAUUGGAGGGGAGGGGAGGGUUGAUUGGGACGAGAUACUGGACAAGGACCUCCUAGUAGGGAACAUCCCUGAAGAGGUUCGGAUGCUUGCUGAUGUUGCCUACCGAUGCGUUAACAAGAAUCCGAGGAAGCGCCCCUGGAUAUCAGAGGUCACACAGGCCAUCUCAAGACUCAGACAGCACCAGCUGAUAAAGCAUGAUGCGAUAACUCUGCCGAGGAGUGAGACCAGGACCGUCCUUAGGAGGAUAGACUACCAGCACGUGGAGCUUAGUGACCUCACUAGCAUCAAAGAACUUACGCCGAUAAGGGCAUCAUGAACUCGUGAGCUUGUUCUAGUAUGUAGGUUGCUUUAUAGAGUUAGAUUUGGACUUGGUUCGGCGAUGUUGUAGCUGUUUGAUGAAAGCAUCAGGUAGCUAGAUCGUUGAAAGAUGUCUUGGCUGCAAUGAGAGCUCUCCUUAAUUGGAGUUCUGUACUGACCUGAGGUUUGAAAUCGUUGUAAAAAAAUCAACAGUAGUAGCUGUAGCAUUUGAUAAAAAAAGACUUUAUAAACUGCAUUUUUACCA